AUGAAUUGCCUCGUGCUGCUUCUAUUAGCUAUCUUCUACUUGGAGGUAGCUAAUGGUGAGACUGUCAAGUACAUCUCGCAGAAUUUCCAAGCUAGAACAAAUCUCAACACUCCCCAGGCUAAUAUCGCCUUGGGUACACCCCCGCAAAAUACAACGGUGUUGCUCGAUACUGGCUCUUGGAACGCAUUCAUUCCAGGCAGUAUCAAUGGGUACCCUGAGAACAAGUAUUCGGUGUACAAUGCAAGUUCAUCCUCCACGUUUUCACAGACGAGAUUCUUGCCUAACAUGUACUGGAAUCAGCCCACCAGCUCCGACUUCAAGUGGUUUGUGUUUGAUCAGGCUUAUUUUGGAGAAGGUCAAGGUGCUGGGCAGUUCAACACCUCGUUCGUCAUGCAAACCACCUUCCAGACUCCAAUCUUUGGUCUUGAUGUCAACAGUGUCAGAAGAAAGCCUUACGACUCGGUUAUUAUGAUGAUGAGGGAAGCUGGACUUAUCCGUAACUUAUCUUUUGCCAUCUCCUACAACGAUGACACUCCAGACAAUUACGAUGGAAAUUUCAUGUUUGGAGCCAUAGAUUACUCGAAGUUCAUUGGAAAGCUCGUGGCAAUUCCUCUCAAUAAUGGUAGAUUGCAAGUAGACAACCCCAUCUACUACGAGCGUGGUGACGGAGCACAGGAGUAUACUGUUGAUAACCCAUUCACCUUGUCUUACCAACCAGGAACCACCACCAUGUUUGACACUGGUGGAAUCAACUUCUCCAUUGACAAAUUGGCAUAUUCCGACGUCAUGAGAAUCUUGGGAACUGUCAAUGGUAAAUUUCAGAGUUCGGUGAUUAAAAGCAGAAAGCCGGUGAUUAUUUAUUCCCUCGGAGGAGGAAAGUUCAAAUUCACAGUCGACCUCUACAAGAGACUUCCGCAAGGCAACCCCAUUGGCUUCUUCAAGGGUGUCGCUCAAAGUUCUUCCAAGAUGGUGCAGCAGGGGCCAGGUCUUUUCAAGUACGUCUACACGGUUUGGGAUUACGAGAACGAGAGAAUGCUAUUCGGAAAUCGUAAUCCUAACCCUGGCGCCCCCGAUAUUCGUUACUUGACCGAAGACAUCAUUCAGUCAUAA